GAGGCAAAACAAUCUUUUCUCUUUCUGACCGGGCGGCUUUUUGGAUCUCCUGGGCUGUGGUGGCAACGGCGGACAAACUUUACAUGUUAGAUUAGAAUAGAGAAGUUAUUACGACAGAAAUUAUCAACUCGAGACAAUCCUGAUAAAUGUAUCUAACGUUUGCUGAUAUUUGCACAAACAUCUUCAGAAAGCUGGUUUUCUUUCUUUAGUCUCCACUUUCGCCCGUUUUGAAAAUGGAUUCCAGAUAUAUUAUGGACAAGUCGUCGGUCGAGGCAAGGGUCGGUAUCGCCGGGGCGGAUUUCAACCUUCGGACAGGCCGCUCCGUGCUCCGCGACACCCGGGUCUCCACUAUGGCGGAGAAGAGCGCUGCCAUGCCGGUGUACAUACACAGGCCUGUACUUUAUAAAUUCGUCAUGGACGUGGAAUCAGCGGCGGAGGAGGUGAAAAGUGAAAGAAGCUCCGAGAAAAGGAACGGACACUGUCCCAGGGCUCCAAUAUUGGACCACACGGAAAAAACUGAUGUGGGAGACCAAAAUGACACUGGUUCCACUGGGAUCUUGAAGAGGGCCAGUCCCACUCACUGCCCCGGCAUGAAUGGACAACUACCAGGUGGCCUCAAGCAUCUGGACAUCAGCAACCCAGGGAAACAGUCAGAGCUGACCAACGGCUUCAGGGCAGCUCAAGAGCAACAUGUACGGCUGACAGAAAGACAGCCCCUCCCUUCCUCCCACAUCCCUGUCCCCAGAAACAGGAAGCCCUCAGGUCAUGCUGAUAAGGAGGUGAUGGCUGCCACUGUCCUGACCUCACUGUCCACAUCCCCUCUGGUGAUCUACCCUUCAUCUGCAUCUACAGAACCAGCCAGCAGGGCUUGGAAAGAGGUGCUAUCAGAUAGUUACAGCAGCUCAACCAGCGGCAACUGGAGCUGGGAUGCCAGCGACCAAUCGGUGCCCUCCACGCCGUCCCCGCCCCUCUCCAACGACAACAACAAGAACUUCCUGAUCUCGUCCCAAGGUGACGAUGUCAAUGAGGACAUCACAGAGAGCACACACUUCAUGUUUGAGGAGCCAAUACCUCGCAAGCGAAAGAACUCCAUGAAGGUGAUGUUUAAGUGCUUGUGGAAGAACUGUGAAAAGGUCCUCAGCACUUCCUCAGGGAUCCAGCGACACGUCCGCACUGUCCACCUGGGACGAAACUGCGACUCGGACUACAGCGACGGGGAGGAGGACUUCUACUACUCAGAGAUCGAGGUCAACAUGGACAGUCUAUCAGAGGGCUUGUCCAGCCUCACGCCCACCUCCCCAACCACGGCCGGCCCUCCUCCAGUGUUCCCUCUGUUGCUCACAGAUGUCCCUCCCCCUGAACACAUGAGCCACGCCCCCACACUGCUCAGCCAGUCAGCUCCCUCCACACUAUGCCACAUUCGCACUGAUCACGCUUACCAGGGGCCGGUGACACACGUGGGUGAAAAGAGGCCGCCUGCAGCCAACACACACACCACUGUUCACAAGAACCAUGCUGUGGUUACAGCACCAGCAAAGUCCAUACCAGGAACCAGGAAACCCCGCGGGGAGGCAAAGAAGUGCCGGAAGGUGUACGGCAUGGAGAAGAGAGACAUGUGGUGCACAGCAUGUCGCUGGAAAAAAGCCUGUCAGAGAUUCACCGACUAAUCCCCCGUGAGGUGAGCUCUUCCUCACCGAGUGAUGUGAGGCGGACUCUUCCACUGAGCGUUUGUGGGGGGGUUUCUUUACGAUGGAGCUCUUGGUGUUCUCUUGGGCUUCCUCCAUCCCAGCAGGGGCUUCUCUCCUUCUCUCUCUUCAGUUUCCCAACACAACUAAGAAAAUGAAAAAAAACAAACUUUGUGUAGGUUUGGAGACUUUUUCUAAGACUGAGACAUUUUCACUCUGAUGGAAAUAAAGACAAAAAAAAAUCUCAAUUGGAUUCUGAACCGUCGGAUUGGAUUGUUGCCAUUUUUAACAGCUGAAAUUUGAAGAUGUCAGAUAAGCUUUUGUUCAUUAUUGGAGCGUGAGGUCAGCUCCUGUUUCUAGGAUGAUCCUGACUCCUGAGGCUGGACCAGGUUAGCUUGGUAAGAGCGCUGCAGCACAUCAGUUUUUAUUAUCACUUACAUCUCAUAUGUUUGGUGUAAGCUAUAAACCAAAUCUAUGACAUCACUGUCUUCUACAGUC